CCGUGCUGGGCGGUCGUGUGUAUAAACCAGGCGAUUUUUUCGCCUAAACUUUCGUAAACACGCGUUUGACAAAUUUAUUCUAACAGUGAGUUGUUUUGUGACUGUGCAUUGACUCGUGUUUUAAAUUUGUUUUUAAUAAUAUAAUGUGAUGGUUGUUAAUUUUUUUUUCGUGUCCGGAGGUACCAACAACCCAUUUCCUGGUUUAGAGAGCCUGCUCGGCGGGUAGGAUGCGGCGGUAUGUACCGCAUAGUGCUAUUAAUGGCGGUGCUCACGCGGGCCAUCGCCCCCCAAACCAGCGACAACGACAACGUAACUCAAAGCACUGAGCCAUCGAUGCCAGCGACAAGCAGUAUGACUCCACCGCCCACGGUAUUCCGAAGCAUCCGCGUCACGUCGAGGCCGCGACGGCCCGGCAUGCGUCAGAAAGGCGAUUCACCGAUGCUCAACUACAUAUUCGAUAGCUACGCUACGAGCAAUAAGCAUUUUCAUGACAAGUUUCGUCCGCCAUCAUUCGAAGGUGACAUGGCUUCUGAAGACACUAUCAUCGAUGCUGACACUGGUUCCACAGUCAUAUUUGAUUGUAAAGUAACAGCUCUCAGAGAUAAAACGGUCUCCUGGCUAAGAGUGUACGACAAUGAGAACUUGGAACUGCUUACUUUAGAUCUAGACACGCACACAGCUGAUGCGAGGUACAGAGUGGACUUAGCUGGUGAGAAUUGGAAGUUGGCUUUAUCUGACGCGAAAGUAGCUGAUUCAGGAAUCUACUGUUGUCACGUGUCAACGCAUCCGCCUAUGUUAAGGCGAUUCAAACUAACUGUCCAUCCACCCGCAAUAAGGAUGAGCAAAGAAGCUUUCCUUGAAACGGGGGAGACGUUAUCUCUAAAGUGCGCUGUGCUGAACUUGUACCCAGGUGAUACUGUGCCAGAAAUGCAUUGGUACAGGGGAAAUACGACAGUCUCUCUCGAUGAAGUUCGUGGUGGAGUGCUCAUUGAGACCGAUCAUUUGAGUCUGACUAGCCAUUUGCAGGUGGCACGUCUCCGAGUGGAAGACGCCGGGAAUUACACCUGCGCUCUGGAAGCCCCGCUGCGGAUGCGAACAGUCGCUCGCGUUCAUGUCUUACAAGGGUCAAGCCUUGCUGAACUUCAGAGUGGAGUGAAGACCACUACAAGCUACUUCAAUUUGUUGCUGACUUCACUGAUCCUAGCGUUUGGAACUUUGUACGGUGAUAUAAGGUGACCAAUUUAGAUUGCACAAAGUGUGUUAUGAUGAUAGCUGGUCUGAAGAUUUUGGAAAAAUCAAUUAAAGACUUAUUUGUAGAAAGUUAAGAGUUAUUUUUUAAGGAUAUCGUGGUCUUAAUUAUUUGAACUAUUUAUUUCUCUAUACAAACGAAAGAUCAAUCGUGAUCCUAACAAAUAUAGUUACAUAAAAAUAAUCAUUCUAAUUUCCUGUAACAUAUACUUUUUUUAAUAUUUAAAUUAUUUAUUUUAUGUAUGAUCUAAAAUAACAUGAUUAUUUUUAUUUACCAAAGACAUUCAACAUUAUACUUGUCGUUCACUAUUAUUCAAUUUUAAAUUGACAUCCGUGAGGUCGUUCUAAAUCUGAGCAUCAUAUUUUUAUUAGUACCUUCCAUUAAUCGUUAGUAAUAAAUUCUAUUAAUAGCGAGGGAUUACAGGCCUUCUACCUUCAUAUGCUGUGACUUAAGAUAUCCUUUGAGACGUUAUUUAUAUCUUUUUAUUAAACAGCGACAACCUUGAAAUGCUGAUUUUAAUUUGAAAACAUGUCAUUUGAUAUCACUCUUAAGAGCUAAACUGAGUUGUAUACCACACCCUUAGAAUUAAAGUGACCUAACUCAAACUGUAUCUAUAUAUUUGUCGUUUUUCUUAAAAAACUACCUUCCAAAGCAAACUCUAUAACCCUAUGACGAGAAGAAGACAAAAUUAAAGAAUAGAAAUUCCACUGCCUUUUGUACUGUUAUCAAAUCUUUUUUAUUUGUUUCUUACAAAUCUUCUUUUUUGAAUUAGGUCAUUAUAGUUUCAAAGGUGCGGUAUAUUAAUAUGACCCUAAGUUUCAUUCAUCAUUCAAUGUAGGUAUAUUUUAUAACUCCUAUUUUUGUUGUAUCAAGGUCAUUCGAAAAAGUCGAAGGAAAGUAUAAUGAUGGAUACAGUUUUUAUUAAGUUUUUGGGCGUUUCAUCAUUCGUUUUUUGAUGGAGUGUUUUCUCGUGUUUUACAAGGAAGCUGCUUUUUGAACAUUAUUUUGUUGUUAUACUUACGAUGCUGUUCCUUGUUUAUGUUGAGUUUUUUAAUGCUUUAACUUAAUAUAUUAAUUGGGGCUUUUACCUUCAAAAUGUUAUCUACUAUCUCAAUAACUUACAUUUUUUUCUAUACAGUUCGAAUCACACUGAGAUAAUGUAUAAUAGAGCUGUCAGAUUUUUAAGAUAUUUAAGAUGUCACCUAAGUCAAUUUAAUUUAGAGGAAUUCAGUCAAUUCAUUUGUUAUGUUCGUUCGUGAAUAUCUUUAAGUAUUUGUGCCCAAAAUAUAAUAUUAUUUAUUUUCAUAAAUAAAGAAAUUAGUAGGUGUAAAGGCGGAUUUAAUACCGAAGGCAUUUUCUAUCAGUUAACCUUUAAAUGGUGCAGAGACAUUUCUUGCACUUUGAAUUAAAUUUCCAAAAUCUCUAGUCCAGCCAAUAGAGCGGUUUUCAGAGAUCCUUAAAAGAAGAAAAAAAACCGUCCAAGGAUCUAUAAGGAAAUAGGACCAUUAGUGAGAAUGUAUAUAACUUGUACAGAUGUAUGUAAUAUGUUAGAUGUUUCGUUAAAAAUCACAUAUCACAAUAUCUUCUUCAUAUCACAGAAAAAUAUCGCACUAUACUUAAAUAUUUUAAUAUAAUUUAUGUUUUCUGUCAGUUAUUGUGAAAUGUAUACCGUGGUAGAAUAAGCAGUAAUUAGAUAAUAUUUAAAGUACCACUCAUUGGCUAAAGAAAACAAAAAAAUAUACGAAUGUAAUACUUUUUAGUCAUACGAAAUAUCAGUUGAAUAUGAGAACUUACUGUAAGGGAGAAUACAGACGGCGAAUUUUGUAUGCGCCGACGCGUUUUGACGCGCGUACUAUUUGCGCGUUUUUAAGGCGCAUAUUAAUGGUACUUCUAAAAGUAAACAGUCUGUGGCUUGUUUGGGGAUGCUGUUUUUUUCACUGGGAAAUCACAAUAAGAUUCCACCGGGCCGGCCGAGCGCCGUCAAUUGACUCGAGAACAUGGGGAAUAUGUAAGGUAAUAAAAGUUAGACAAUGUAUUUAAAGCUGGAAGACUAGUGGCUUAGUGUGGUACAAGUCCCGUGUUACGUUCUCGGGGUGAUAUCAAAUUUACCAGCAGACCGAAGGCUAUUAUUUGCCUUCGAAAUUCUCACUCACCAUACAAAACGUAAUUGCAAGCGAUCACUAUCUAUACAUUUGCUAUGAGAUAGAUCCGAGGAACCAAGGCGGGUAUGUCGGGGUUACCAACAUUCUAUGCACGUCCACGUACCAUCUAAAACCCUGCAAUAGCCUUCAUCGACGUAUUAGAGGCGGCUCCGGGGUACCAUAAGGCAUUACCUCAGAUCUCUACCAGAACCACUUGUUUAGGGACCCUUGGAAACACUAGUAGUAUUAAGGAUCUCAGUAGAAUUGACUCAGUAAGUCCAUUUAUCAAAAAACUAUUUCAAUAUUCGGAAUGUAUUGAGUAAAUGCGUGUCGUUCGUUCGUUACGUUCCAAAAUACGCCGUCUGUCUAGGCCUAAAAAAUCGCAGGAGAAGAGCACAGUGAAUCAUUUGCGCGAAUUGCAUCUCUACUUUUCCCUGGAUAUGUGAAGUUACAUCGCUCAUAAUUCGACGUGGUUCAAAUAUUUUAAAUAUAAAAUCUAUUCAUCUUUCACCAAUGGCUUCGGAAUUGCGGAGAACACACGAGUACGUGUAUAUAGCUUAUUAAUGUGUAUUAGUUGCUCCUAAUUCAGUCAUAUUUUGCACGGAUUAUUCGACAAGAUAUUCGCCGAUAGUGUAAAUGAGGCAUUGGAUCCAACGCUUUGAUGGUUGUAUCGUGUAUAUCUUAUUCAUGUGGUGAUGAGUGGUAUUUUAUUACAUAAGAUACUGUU